AUGAAGCCAGAGUCGAAGCAGGCCCUGUUGCAAGUGGCUGUGGCUGGCUGCCUCUGUGCAGCCACUGUGCACACAGGUGUUUUCGAGGGUGUCUUCGUCCAAGUAGGCUACGAGCACUAUGCAGAGGCCCCCGUGGCCAGCCUCCCCGCCUUCCUCGCCAUGCCCUUCAACUCGCUGAUCAACGUGGCCUACAUGUUCCUGGGAUGGUAUUGGCUGGACAGGGACGGAGGCGUGCCUGGGUGCUCAGCAGAGGCGUCACGGGCCCGUCACCUGAGGGGCGUCUUUGCUGCCAUGGCCCUCCUCUAUGGUCCCGUGCAGUGGCUGCGCAUUGGGACACAGGCACACCCUGCUGCCGUGCUCGACCAGUGGCUCACCUUGCCCAUCUUUGCGUGGCCGGUGGCCUGGUGCCUCUACCUGGACAAGGGCUGGUGGCCCUGGUCACUCCUCUGCGUCGAAUGCCUGUCCCUAGCCAGCUACGGCCUGUCCCUGCUGCACCCCUGUGGCUUUGAGGUUGCCCUGGGCUUGCACAUCCUGGCCGUGGUGGGGCAAGCCCUGCGGGCCCAGGCACGGGCUGGCAGUGCCACCUCAGGUGUAUACCUAGCCCUGGGCGUGCUCUCCUGCCUGGGCUUCGUGGUCCUCAAGCUGUGGGACCAGGAGCUUGCAAGGUGGGGUCCCUUCCAGCACCUGACAGGCCACUUCUGGUCCAAAGUCUGUGAUGUCCUGCAGUUCCAUUUUGCCUUUUUGUUCCUGACACAUUUAGAUAGUCACCACAGACUGCCCCCUGAGGAGAAAAAGCUUUAA